AUGCACCGCAAGCAUCCAGGUGAGCGAUGUUUGCCAAUGGAUCGCUCCCUCCGACCUGGCACUGUUGAUGUGCUCCCGCGGUGGCGGCGCUGGCGGGGUGACGGUCUAUGGCCUGAUCGAGUGGGUGAAAAAGAAGGGCUGCUCCAACGGGGUCAGGACUUUGACCUUGAGGUGGAACUCUCCGAGAAGAUCGGGCACCUGAUCCGCGAGGCCCAGCAAGGCGCGGUGCUGGCGGCCACGGACUUCCAGCUGCAGCUCAUCGCCGUGCCAGCCAAUGAGAAGAAGGCUGUGGAGCUUCUGCGCACGAUCCCAGAGAAACCCCCGCUGGGGGCUUUGCGCCUGCAGGAGCCCUCCGCAAGAGGUGCCAGGGUGGAGGCGGAGGCGAAGCCUUUGGCCAGCCGCCAGCAGGUGGAGGCCGUGCUGCGGCGCCCGGCGUUCCCUUCGGCGUCGGCGCUGAACGGGGAGCAGCUGCUGGCGGUGCAGCGGGGCCUGCAGCGGCCCUUCUCUACGGUGCAGGGGCCGCCAGGCACUGGCAAGACCUCCUUCCUUGUGAGCCUCAUCGCCAGCACGCUGAGUUUGGAGCUGCACUCGCAGAUGAAGCACAGGGAGCCGCCGCGGCUCCUGGUGCUUGCGCCCUCCAACCACGCGGUGGACGAGAUCGUGCGGCGCCUGGUGCGGGACACGGAGAUCCCGGGGCACUACGUGAGACCCGCAUCUACUCCCGCUCCAUUGAGAAUACUCACGGCGACAGCUUCAAGGGCAGCCCCCAGCUUCGGCACGACGUCUUCGACGUGA